AUGAAUGUGGUACAGCAUUCAUCUGCGAGCAGAUUGGAAAUGGAAAGUGAUUGCAACCUUGAGCCAGAACAACACAAUCCUAAAUUCAUGGACAGUACAAUAACAGAACAUGAAAUAGAAGAAUCUGUUGCUACAAAAACAACAGAAGAGAACAUUCUAACAUUUCAAUUGGUCCCUGAUAAUGUAUCAGAAUUACAACUGGAUGCACUUGAUGACAAUGUCAAUGAUGAAAAGAAUCAACAAGAGAGUGUUGUUUCUGUUCCAAACACAAACAACAAAACACAUCAGGAACCACAAACGAUAAUCCACUAG